UGAGAAGCAGAAAUGGACCCUCAAGUAACCAACCAAUAAGAGUGGCUGUAUGCAAAUGCUGCAGGCUGGUGAAUGAUGUCACAGUCCCCUCCUCUGACUCAAUAAUGCCACCACCACUGAAAAGGCUGACUCCUGACCGUAGCUCUUCAGAGAGAAAAAUUCACCGCAAGCAGAGCACCUUCUAGAUUGUUCCUGGAGUGUGGAGACAGAAGUCUCUGCUAUCCAAGUUACUGAAUCCAGAAAAAAAAAAAAAUGACCUUAUGAACAUGGGAAAAGAAAUUGAGCUAAGGCCCAAGGCAAAUGUCUCUUCUUACAUCCACUUUUUGCUGAAUUACAGGAACAAGUUCAAGGAGCAGCAGCCAAAUACCUACCUCAGCUUUAAAGAGUUCUCUAGAAAGUGUUCGGAAAAAUGGAGAUCCAUCUCAAAACAUGAAAAGGCCAAAUAUGAAGCCCUGGCCAAGCUCGACAAAGCCCGAUACCAGGAAGAGAUGAUGAAUUAUGGUGGCAAGAAGAAGAAGAGGAGAAAGAGGGACCCCUACGCACCCAGACGGCCCCCAUCGUCUUUCUUGCUCUUCUGCCAAGACCACUAUGCCCAAUUGAAGAGGGAGAAUCCGAACUGGUCUGUAGUGCAGGUGGCAAAGGCCUCAGGGAAGAUGUGGUCAGCAACAACAGGUGCUGAAAGGCAGCCAUAUGAGCAAAGAGCAGCUCUCCUGAGAGCCAAGUACCAAGAGGACCUGGAAAUCUACCGUAAACAACGUAAGGCCAACAAGGGCCACCAACGGUCAGCUAAGAACCAGUGAAGAGGGAAAAUGGAGUCGGACAAGGCUGACGGAUCCAAUUAGAAAUAAAAUGUCAUUCAACUGUA